GUCCAAACCAUUACUGCCAGUUUAGGGGUAGUUAAUGAGAUCUACACACGCGUGUAGUAAAGUAAACAACCCAAAGACUUACAAAUUUUUAUUUUUUAAAUUUUAAUACAAGUUAAAUUAAUCCACGGAGGCUUAAUAAUAUUUUAUUGAUUCCCUAGAGGCCAUCGGAAGCCCCCUUCUCAGGAUUAGCGGUGCUCGGGUCCGGGAGCAACAUGGCGGCGUCCGGGAGCGGCUGUCUUUAGAAAAAGAUAGGACCUGUGCCGCUGCCUUGCGGGAUACUGACAGACUGGAGCUUUUCGCGACCUCCAGAUUUAAGGAAGCGUGUACCGAUACGUGGACUGCUUUAGUGACUCACCGUUCGCUUUUAUCCCCAAUUAGGAACAGCGUCCUGAGCACUGACCAACAUGAGCAACAUUUACAUCCAGGAGCCUCCCACGAACGGGAAGCAUAUUAUGACAAUACCAUAUUUCAUAGAGUUGUACCUGGUUUUAUAGUCCAAGGGGGAGAUCCUACUGGCACAGGGACUGGUGGAGAGUCUAUUUAUGGGGCUCCAUUCAAGGAUGAAUUCCACUCACGGUUGCGUUUUAAUCGGAGAGGACUGGUUGCCAUGGCAAAUGCUGGUCCUCAUGAUAACGGCAGCCAGUUUUUCUUUACAUUGGGUCGAGCAGAUGAACUUAACAAUAAGCAUACCAUCUUUGGAAAGGUUACAGGGGAUACAGUGUAUAACAUGCUACGACUAACAGAAGUAGACAUUGAUGAUGAAGAAAGACCACGUAAUCCACACAAAAUUAAAAGUUGUGAGGUUUUGUUUAAUCCUUUUGAUGACAUCAUUCCAAGAGAAAUAAAAAAGCCAAGAAAAGAGAAACCAGAAGAAGAAGUAAAGAAAUUGAAACCCAAAGGCACAAAAAAUUUUAGUUUACUUUCAUUUGGAGAGGAAGCCGAGGAAGAAGAGGAGGAAGUAAAUCGAGUUAGUCAGAGCAUGAAGGGAAAAAGCAAAAGUAGUCAUGACUUGCUUAAGGAUGAUCCACAUCUCAGCUCUGUUCCAGCUGUUGAAAGUGAGAAAGGGGAUGCAGCAGGAGAUUCAAAUGAUGAUGGAGAAUAUGAAAGUGCAGAGUAUGAUGGACACGUUGAUGGUGAUGAGAAGAGCCUGAUGAGAGAAAGAAUUGCAAAAAAGUUAAAGAAGGACACAAGUGCAAAUGUUAAGACCUCCGAAGAGGGUGAAGUGGAAAAGAAAUCAGUUAGCCGCAGUGAAGAGCUCAGAAAAGAAGCAAGACAAUUAAAGCGGGAACUCUUGGCAGCAAAACAAAAAAAACUAGAAAAUGCAGCAAAACAAGCAGAAAAAAAUGAAGAAUAUGAUCAUAAAAGAUUUGCUGCAAUUUAUGUCAAGGAAAUGGCUGCCCCAGAUGGUGCUAUUGCCGAAUACAGAAGAGAAAAGCAAAAGUAUGAAGCUUUGAGGAAGCAGCAGGCAAAGAAGGGAACUUCCCGGGAAGACCAGACCCUUGCAUUGCUGAACCAGUUUAAAUCUAAACUCACUCAAGCAAUUGCUGAAACUCCUGAAAAUGACAUUUCUGAAACUGAAGUAGAAGAUGAUGAAGGAUGGAUGUCGCAUGUACUUCAGUUUGAGGAUAAAAGCAGAAAAGUGAAAGACGCAAGCAUGCAAGACUCAGACACAUUUGAAAUCUAUGAUCCUCGGAAUCCAGUGAAUAAAAGAAGAAGGGAAGAAAGCAAAAAGCUGAUGAGAGAGAAAAAAGAAAGAAGAUAAAAUGGAGUAAUGAUAAUCAGAACUAGCUGGAAAUGUGCCUGCAAUAAAUGGCCUUAUAACAGCCAUUUUUCCCAAAAGCAUCACUUAAGGGUGUGAAAAGAACUCUUCUUGAACCUGUUGUCUGGUUUUGAAAAACAAUUAUCUUGUUAUGUAAAUUAUGGAAUGACAUACACAAAUGCUUUUGGUCACUGGUACGUGUUUUUUUUUUCUAAUUAACCUUUUAUAUUGCUAAAUCUGAAAUAAAAUCACUUUACUUUCA